AUGAAGUUCAAUUCCGCCUUGGGUCUCCUGACCCUGGUUGGCGGAGCAUCGUCUUCGCUGACCAUCACGACAAACACCAACAAGAACCCCCUUGUGUCAAGCCAAAACACAACCGUGGUUCCCAACACGUUCAUCGUCGAGCUGCAGCCAGACUUCCACCCAGACCUCCAGCCCAAGGAGCGGUUUUCAAAGACAAAGCCAGGGGCCAAGCCGGGAUAUCGCGUCCGCCAGCAGUACAACAGCACCGACUUCUUCUACGGUGUGUCAGUGUCGUUCGACAACCACGUCGACCUCGGCACUCUGCGACAAACUGCCGGCGUCAAGAAUGCCUGGAAAGUCGCCCUCGUGCCCCGUCCGGAGCCAUAUGUUCUGCGGGGGGCCCCCAAAAUUAGCAAGGGUUCCUUGCCGAAUCUGAGAGGCAGUGCCAAGAUCAACCAGCCGCUGGCCAUGGGCAAUGUGCAGAAGCUGCACGACCAGGGCAUCAAGGGCAGAGGCGUGCAGGUUGCCAUUAUCGAUAGCGGUGUUGACUAUCGCCAUCCGGCACUGGGCGGUGGCUUCGGGCGAGGACACAAGAUUGCUCUGGGAUACGAUUUUGUUGGUGAUGAUUAUACUGGCGAUAAUGCUCCCGCCCCGGAUCAGGACCCCCUGGCAACAUGCGUGGAUGGUGGACACGGCACUCACACAGCCGGCAUUGUGGGCAUGGAGGACCCUAAGAAUCAGGGGUUUGGGCUCGUCGGCGUCGCUCCCGAAGCAACCAUUGCGGCCUACCGCGUCUUUGGCUGUGAGGGAAGCACCAGCACUGAGAUUCUCGUGGCGUCUAUGCUCAAGGCUGCGCAAGAUGGAGCGGAUAUUGUGUCCAUGUCUAUCGGGGCGUACGAUAUCUGGGAGGAGGUCAACCCGUUUGAUGAAGUUGUCACAAGACUGACCAACCACGGCGUGGCCGUUGUUGCUGCCAUUGGAAACUUUGGAACUGCUGGAGUAUACUCGACCUCGGCUCCGGGUAUAUCCACCAACAGCUUAUCCGUGGGCUCGAUCGAGAACGAAGUAUAUCCGACGGUAUAUUCGGCCCACGAUGACAAGCACAAGGCUAUCGAUUAUGUCUCCGUGUUUCCCGCUAAUAGUUUAGGUCGUGUCGAGGUCUACCAAUUGGGAACAGGCCUCGAUGUCCCAAUCGAUGCCAAUGUCUCUAGCGGAUGCUACCAGCCUGCAUGGGAUGCUCUGGCCGAGGCCACGAUCGAUUGGAGCAAGACUAUCCUGCUGAUGUCGUGGGUUAGCUGGUGCGGCUCGAGUUGGGGGCAAGCAGUGGACUUUGGUGUUCAAUCAAUCCUGGUGUCUCAAGAAGAGGAGCAGCUGAUCGUCGUGGACGAGCCUCAGGACCCAACGACGCUUCUGUUUCUGGACUUGCCAAACUCGAAGCAGCUCGUUAAGAAUCUGUCUCAGCUGCCCGCGGGUCAGAAAUACUACCUCACAUUUGACGGCAACAAGCCUAGCUAUGCUGCAAACCCGCUCCCCAGGACGCCCGAUGACUUCUCCAGCUAUGGCCCGACGAUUGAAAUGUCACUGGCCCCCAAGAUCUCGGCACCUGGAGGAACCAUCUUGGCUACGUUCCCCCUCGAAGCUGGCGGAUAUGCUGUGCUGUCGGGAACUUCCAUGGCCACUCCGUUUGCUGCAGGAAGUCUGGCAUUGCUCAAGUCUCAGCAACCACAUCUCUCCGUCCAGGAACUCUAUGCACGUCUUAUGACUACUGCCAGCCCGGUUAACGAACCCGGCUCCAACCAGGUGGCUUCUACGGCUCGACAGGGAGGCGGCCUCAUUAACGUCUAUGCGGCUGUCAAGGCGGAUACAGUCAUCAGCCCUUCUGAGCUCACCUUACGCGACUCGGCGACGCCGGCGCCGCAGAAGAUCACCAUCACGAACCAGUCUAAGUCCAAGAAGAAGUACUCCAUCCAGCACAGCCCGGCAUCCUUCUACCGCGUCUACUAUAAUUACCUGACGGGUAAUACCGACUACAGCAGUGCUGGCGGCAGUAUUCCGCUCGAUGUCCCUGCAUCUGCACAGUUCUCACAGUCAUCCCUGACUCUUGGCCCGGGCCAGUCUGCCUCGAUCCAGGUCCAGAUCAAGCCACAGCAUGAUGACUGGCCGUGGUCUAUGCCGGUGUAUGGAGGCUUUGUCAAGAUCACUUCUGACGAUGCCGCUUAUUCGAUUCCGUACAUCGGAGUGCCGUACAACCGCACCGAGGUUGGCCCUAUCAUGCACAACGUGACAACCCAGGUACCAUAUGACUCUCCGGGCAUUUUGAAGCUCAGGGCGGACGAUCUGUUCCUAGCCAAUGGUCAGAUCCCUACACCCAACAUUGACUCGUACAACUGGUCACUGGACCUGUCCAAGUCAUUCAUCCCCGUCUUCCGAGUGGACGUGCUGCUGCCCUCGCGCUUCAUCCGCUUCGACCUUGUGCCGGCAAACACCUCCUUUGUGCCAUCCAUCUAUGGCUUCGACCCAGAUGCCCACAUCGACUACAAGCCUCCUUCUCAAGCCAUUCUGCCCGGCUUUCUCGGCGUCCCCACAUACGGGCAGUUGUUUUCCAUAACCGUCGACGAUGCGCCUUCCAACAGCCCCACGAUCUCACAGCCCUUGAUCAACCACUUCUUCGCCCAGGCCCUCGUCUAUCCCGCGCUGACCAACGACGACAACGUGACGUACAACAUCUCGUCUGGAGACUACCGGCCGCUCCUUCGGGCGCUGCGAUGGAACGGCAACGAAGCGAACCCUGACGAUUACGAGUCUUGGCUGGGACCAGUGAUUCGAGCGGACAUUCCGAGCGAUGAGUUUCCCUCGGACGCGUAG